AUGUCUGUAUACGCAUCUAAUUCUGUGGUUUCUCAGCAACAACUGCAGCAGCAGGCUGCCGCUGCUGCUGCUGCCCAACAACAACAAGCUCAACAGCAACAACAACAGCAACAACAACAGGCUCAACAGCAACAGGCACAACAGGCACAACAACAACAAGUUCAGCAACAACAGGCUCAACAACAGCAGGCUCAACAGGCUCAACAGCAACAGCAACAACAGCAACAACAGCAACAACAGCAACAACAAAGACAACAACACAAGAAAAGAUUAAAUGAAUUGUUGGAUGCUGUCAAGCAAGAAUUUGACUUUGCUUUCAAUGAAGCCUCAUCUUUCAAGCAAGUUAAAGAAGAUUAUGAUUUGAAGUAUAACCAACAAACCGCGGAAAUGCAACAAAUUAGACAAACAGUUUACGAGUUGGAAAUGGCUCAUCGUAAAAUUAAAGAGGCUUAUGAAGAGGAAAUCUUGAGAUUAAAAACAGAAUUGGAAACAAGAGAUAGGCAACAACAACAAAUUCAACAGGUUCAACAACAGCAAGCUCAAGCACAAGCUCAGGCCCAUGCUCAAGCCCAAGCCCAAGCCCAAGCACAACAACAACAACAAUUGGCUAAACAAAAUGGUGUGGAACAAAGACCUCAACAAGGCACUCUUCCUCAACAACAACAACAACAACCUUUGGUGUUUGGUGGUUACCAACCCCCACCAAUCCAACAACUGCAACAACCUCUCCAACCAUUGGCACCUCCAGCUGCCGGUGCUGCUCCCGUUGGUACUGGAUCCACAGUUCCUCAACCUCCAGCAACUGCUAGUGGAACAUCCGCAGCUUCACCUGCUGCCGGAGUUGCUACUCCAGCUCUCCAACCUGGUGCUACUCCUGCUGCUGCUGCUGCUACUCCUACCAUUCCAGCAGCCGCUGGUACACCUCAGCUGAAUGUGGCCCAACCAGUAAAGUCAUCUCCUGGUGGAGUAACAGCUGGAUCUCCCAAUGCUGCUAAUGCUGCUACUUCAACUGCAGUAGUAUCUACAAACUCCUCUCCAAACCAAGAAGGUGACGAAGAAUCCAAGAGCAAUGAGAUUGAAUUUUCAACUCCCUUGCAAAUAAUCGAUAAAUCCCAAUACAUUGCUUAUCCUAAUGAGAAGGCAUUACAUGUUAAGGAAAUUCCUCCAUUCUUAACAGAUUUGGAUGUCAACAAUGCUGCUGAAGGAUUCAAAAAGAAGAACAAUGAUUAUUAUGUAUUGUAUAACCCAGCAUUCAAGAAGGAUUUGGAUGUUGAGUUGAUUCACUCUUUGGACCAUUCUUCCGUUGUGUGUUGUGUUAGGUUCUCUAAAAAUGGAGAACUUAUUGCUACUGGAUGUAACAAGACCACACAAGUUUAUAAUGUCAAGACUGGUGAACGUAUUGCCAGAUUAAUUGAUGAUAACACAUCCAACUCUUCUGAUGUUAAGGAAGAUGCAGCAGACUCCAAUGGUAACAGUACUAAUGCUAGUUCCAAUGGUACUUCCAAUGAAGUUGCUAACACAAGUGCCAAUGGAGAUUUAUACAUUAGAUCAGUGUGUUUCUCUCCUGAUGGUAAGUUAUUGGCCACUGGUGCUGAAGACAAACUAAUCAGAAUUUGGGAUUUACAAACAAAGAGAAUAAUCAAGAUUUUAAGAGGACAUGAACAAGAUAUUUAUUCUUUGGACUUUUUCCCUGAUGGUAACCGAUUAGUAUCUGGUUCUGGUGACCGCACUGUUAGAAUAUGGGAUUUAAGAUCAUCACAAUGUUCAUUGACCUUAUCUAUUGAAGAUGGUGUUACAACUGUUGCGGUUUCACCUGAUGGAAUGAAAAUCGCAGCUGGUUCUUUGGAUAGAACUGUUAGAGUGUGGGAUUCUACUACUGGAUUCCUUGUUGACAGAUUGGAUUCAGGGAAUGAAAAUGGUAAUGGCCAUGACGAUUCUGUUUAUUCAGUUGCUUUCUCUACUAGUGGUAGACAAAUUGCUUCAGGUUCUUUGGAUCGUACAGUUAAAUUGUGGAACUUGUUAAAGCUGGACGAUGGAGCUUCAUCCACCGCAUCCAAGAGAUCCAGUUGUGCUGUAACAUACAUUGGACACAAAGACUUUGUGUUAUCCGUUUGUUCAACUCCAAACAAUGAGUACAUUUUGUCUGGUUCUAAAGACAGAGGGGUUAUUUUCUGGGAUCAAAAAUCCGGUAACCCCUUGUUGAUGUUACAAGGUCAUCGUAACUCUGUUAUUUCAGUUGCUGUUGCAUUGAACUCCGAAGGUAAGGAAGGAAUCUUUGCCACUGGUUCUGGUGACUGCACUGCAAGAAUAUGGAGAUGGUCAAGAAAGGAUUAA